AUGUUUAAAAAUUUAAAAGAAAAAUUAGCUACGCAAGUCAAUAAAACGAAUCAAACAUUAUUUUCAGCCAUUAUAUCAAAUGAUUCAACAUCAUCUUCAAAAGAAUCUGGUAUUCGUACAUCUUCGAUUACAAGUCAUGAUGAUAAUCUUGACAAUAAUCGUUCUCGAUUAGAUUCAGCUGCAAGUGACAUUAGUCAAACAACUACUGUUAAUAGCCAUUAUGUCUCUCCAACACGCAAUUUUAUGCCACCAUCUGAUAUUGAAUCAGAACAUGGUGGUGACGAAAGUGAUCAUGAAACAAAUAAUAAAAUGCAAAAAUUACUUGAUGUUUAUAAAAAUAAAUUUAAUCAAUUAAGAAAUGCUUAUAAUGAAACUGAACGUGAAAAAGAUCAUAUAAAAAAUAUUUUACAACAACAACAAGAUACAUCAAUUAAACGACAAACAGAAUUACGUGAAAAAAUUAAAUUUGAACGACAAGCUAAAGAACAACUUGAAUCUUUAUAUAAAAAAGAAAUAACAUUACGUGAUAAUAGAAUUGAAGAACUUACUCAACAACUUACAGUACAAAAAGAUCAUGUACAAGUAGAUCAACAAGAAAUCCAAAAUCUUCGUGAAAAGAAUACUAAACUCGAAACAUUACUUACUCGAUGUAAAGAAGCAAUAAAAGCUCAUCAAGAAAAACAAGCUGAAUUAGUUACAGAACAUGAUGAUCUUAUACAAAAAUUAAAUGAAAAACAAGAAUUUAUUGAAUCACUGAUGAAAAAUCGUCAUUCAGAAGAAACAUCAGCCGUAUCACUUGAAGUUAAAGAUCAUUUUGAUUCGGAUAUAAGUGUUUUAUUACAUGAUAAAGAACGUUUACAACAAGAAUUAGAAUCGACACAUCAUUCUAUUCGACAACUUGAAACUGAUCUUGAAUUAGCAAAACAACAACAACAACAAAAUCUUAAAGCUGAUUUUAAUGAUGAAAUAAAACAUGAACGAGAUGAAUUUAAACAAAAAUAUGAAGAUUUAUUAAUAAAAUUUGAUAAAACAACAAUAGAAUUCGAACAAUUAAUAAAUGAUAAAUUAAAUCUUGAAACAUCAAAAAAAGAAUUUCAAGAUCUUAUUCAAAAUUAUCAAGAAAAAUUUUCUAAAGAUAAACAACAAAUUGAACAACUCAAUAAUGAAAUUGCAAUACUUAAAGAUAACCUAUUAAAAGAAAAUGAACAACAUGUAAAAUCUUUUGAAACUCUUAAAAUUGAAUAUGAAAAUUUAACAAAUGAAUUACAUCAAAUAAAACAAGCAAAAGAUAAUAUUCAAUCGUUACUUGAUGAAACAGCUCAAGAACGGACAAUGUAUAAAGAUAAAUAUCAAUCAGUACAACAACAUGAACCUACAGAUGAUGACAUCAACGAAACAAAGACUAGUCUUGAGAAAUUACAACAUGAUUAUAAUGAAGCUUUAGCUAACUGUAUUCAGCUAAGACAAACACUUGAUACUCUACGUCAAGAACAUUCAAAAGAAAUCGCUAACCUUAUGAAUCAACAACAAACUAAAUUUGAUAGUAAUUUAAAACAAUUGCAUGAAGAAAAAGAUCGUCUCAAUAGUCAAAUAGAAGAAAUUGAAAAUCAACAUAAGAAAACAAUUGAAUUAUUAAAAACCGAAUUUGAAAAUACUCGAAAAGAACAAUUAUCUGCAGUUGAAAAUGAACUUAUUGCUACAACUAAAAGAUCACAAGAUAAAAUGACUGAUUUAUCAAAACAAAUUGAUGAAGGUCGAGAAGAAAUCAAUCAUUUUCAAAUUUUAUUAAAUGAACAAAAAACUAAAUCUAAUCAAUACGAAGAAGAAUUAAAAGAAAAAUCUUCUCGAAUUAAACAACUUGAAAACGAAUUAGAAAAAUUAAAAUCUCAAUCACAUCUAUCACAAAAACAACUUGCCGACGAAUAUAAUUUAUUGAAACAACAAUAUCAACAAACAAGUGAAUCUAAUAAACAAAAAGAUGAACAAUUAGCAACAUUACAAGAAAAUUUUCAUGUUGCAACAAAAGAGUUACAAGAUGAACUUAAUGAGAAAAUUGUACAUAUUAAAAGUAUUGAAAAACAACUAGAAGAAAAACAAGAUGAUAUCAGUCAACUUCAUACUACUAUUGAUGAAUUAAAAUCAACUAUUAAAGAACAUGAACAAUUGCAACAAAGUAUUCAAACGUCACAAAUUAAUGAUCGACAAUUAUUGGAAGAGCGAGACAAAAUGAUUGAUACUAUCAAACAAGAUUAUCAAUCACAAAUUGAGAAAUUACAUAAAGAACAUGCAGAAGCUAUCGAAGAACUUACAUCUAAAUUUAAUAAAGAAAAAUCAAUAAUCGAUGAAAAACAAAAAGAUAUUGAUAAUCUUCAUCAAAAAUUAAUUAGUCAAAAUUCUGAACUUAAUGAAAAAAAUGAACAAGUAUCAACAUAUAAAAUUAAACUAAAUGAACAAGAAAAACUCAUCCAUUCACUACAACAACAACAAAAUGAAACAUAUUCUCAAUUAGAAAUUAAAUUAAAUAAUACUCUUUCUGAAAAAACUAAUCUUGAAAAUGAAUUAGAUCGUAUUCGUAUACAAAUGCAAACAAUAGAAACAACUUUGAAUGAAAAUAAUAUUAAACUUGAAGAAAUUGAACAACAAAACAAAGAAUUUGAGACUGAACGUGAGACUUAUCAAAAUGAAAUCGAAACAUUAAAAAAUGAAAUAAAAUCUUUAAUAAAUAUAAAUGAAGAAAAUAUUCGUCGAAUAGAUGAAUAUGAAAAUGAAAAAUUUAAUUUUGAACAAGAUAUUAAUGAAAAAGAUCGACAAAUAACAGAACGUGAUGAAAAAAUUCAAGAAAUUGAAUUAACCCUUAAACAAACACAAGAAAGUGCAACUAAAUUACGUAAAGCAUUACAAAAAACGAAAGAAUCAAUAAGUAAUAAGGGACAAACAAAUUCUAAUGAUACAGAAAUUCAAUUACAAAAAUUAACUCAAGAAUAUGAACAACGAUUGAAAGAACAAGAAAUAGAAUAUAAUAUAAAAUUAAAAGCAAUGGCAAAAGAAAUGAGUAAUAAAAUCGAAGAAAACGAAUAUAAUUAUAAUCAACAACUUAAUGAUCUUAUUCAAAAGAAUAAUAAAACUGAAAAUGAUCUUAUUAUCAAUUCUGAGAAAAGAGCAAGUAAUGCUGAACAACGAGCAUUCGUUGCUGAAGAACAAAUGUCGAAAAUGCAAGAACAAUUAAAAGAAAAACAAUUAGAUUAUCAUCGAGUUAUACAAGAUCUACAAAAUCAAAUUCAAAAACUUACCAAACAAAUUAUUCAAACAACUGAGAAUUCGUCUCAAACUUCAAUGGAUGAUAUAUAUUUAAAUCAUUCACAUGAUAGUCAACAUUCAUUUGUAUUUGAACCAACUGAAGUUGAUUAUUUGAAACAAAUUGUACUUGCUUAUAUGACAGGAACUGAUCGAUUAACAAUGGCAAAAGUUAUUUGUGCUGUUCUUCGUUACACCGAUAAUGAAAAAUCACUAAUAAUAGAACAUGAGAAACUUCGUCAAUCGCGUUGGAUAAAUUCAACAAGAUAA